AUGGUAACCGAGGUGACUCUGAGGAACCCUCCCGAUACAGUGCUAGCCGGUGACUCCAUCUCAUUUACCUGUGUUACCUCGGCCAGCAAACCCCAGGCCUGUAUUAGAGCGUACAUACGGAGUUCUGGUAAUGUCUGGGAGGUAGAUCCUGAUGAUUGUAACCAGAACUCUAGCUCAGUACAGGCCACAACCCGGACAUUGACGUUUACAGCCAGUGCCGAGGAGAACGGAGCCGAGCUCUACUGUAACGCCUCCAACAGAGUGACAGAUCGUCCUGUACGAUCACAAGUCUACACGCUCAAUGUGCAAUACGCUCCAGUAAUAUUUUGUAAUGCUAGUCACGUGACAGUGUUCGAGCGUCAGCGGGUGAAGAUCUCCUGUGACGUCAUCUCCAAUCCUGAAGGGUCUAUUCUCUGGGUUAAAGAUGGCCGACCAGUCGACGACGCUUCCAUUAGCAAUUUCCGUGGCCCAACCAGGCGUGACGUCACAGUAGCCACCAUUGAGUUUGGUCAAGCGGAUAAGUCACUGGCCGGGACUUAUCACAUUGAGGCUAGGAACAGUGUGGGCUCAAUUCGUAUGGAAGUGUCUGUCACAGUGAUCGAUGGCGAGUACAUUCCAAGAGAAAUAGGUAUAAAAUCCUGCUCCAACAACCAGGCUACUCUCUUCUGGGCUUCUGGCGUUGAUGACUCUCUGGUGGAAUAUUACAAACUGGAGUACAGAGAAAACGGUGAAGGUUGGAAAACAGAACUCGUCAGAAAUCCUGGAAAGUUUAAUCUUGUACAGACCACCUUGCCCGAUGUACGAUCUGGAGUGUUCUAUCAGUUCAGACUUCAGCCUGUCUCGGCCAUGUUCUCGUUGGAAUACGUUACAGCCAACUGCACUAUUCUGAAUUCCCAGACAUGUGAAGGAUUAAGCAGCACGCCUGAGACAGGCCUCAGUAAAGCCGCCAUGUUAGGUGUGGGGUUGGUGGCUGGUAUCGCUCUCGUCAGUCUCGCAGUUGUCAUGGUGACGUGCUGGCUUCUCCGCAGAGGACGAUUAACAUAUCAUAAAGAAUUGCGAGAGUCAGACAAGCAGACUGCAGACCAUGACAUAAGCAUGCAGGGCGUUGCUGAAGACAUCGAACAACCUGAACCUCCUCCGCUUGGUCAUUAUGAAGAACUGGAUACUUCUCUCAGAUCAGGUACACAUUACGAAGAUCUAUCCGGGAAUGUGUCGUCGUCCAUAACUUCUGACACGAGACUUUACGAGAAUGCCACGGUGAUGUGAAACACGAAUAAACAUGUAGAACAGAAAAGCCAUAAUUUCACAGCUACAAACCAGGACAUCGUAUGUUGGAUUCUUCAUAUAUGGAACCUUUGUGUGACUUCAUUGGGAGUGUGUGGGAGUAGGUGACUCUAUAUUAAGGUACAAUUAAACCAUGACAUCCCAUGCGUGCUACAUUCAUCUGAAUUCAAUUUAUUAGAGUGCGUGUAGGACAAAAUGACUCAAAAAGCACAAAACCAAGACUCUUCAUUCGCAUUAAAGUGUGGCUGAAAGAGUAACUGACUCCAAAGGUACAAUUCAGAGUAUUGCACAUUGGUUUUAGAUGUAGAAUGUUUGUGUGAAUUCACUUGGCUUACAUGCGAGAGUAUAAGUGACUCUACAGCUACAAACCAGGACAUUGCACGCCCGAUAUACAUUUAAAAUCAUUGUGUGACUUCAGUUCAAGUCACUGCGAGUGUAUUAGUGACUACCCUAAGAAACAAACCAGGACAUUGCAGGCUGGACUCUUCAGAUGUAGAACCAUUAUGUAACUUCCCUUUAAGAGCAUUAAGGAGUAGGUCAUAUCUGCAGAACUACUGAUAAAUUUGAAAUUAAACUACCCCAGUACAUAUGAUAAUUAAAUGUUACAAGGAUUGCUGGUAUUUUCACUUGCGCACAGACACAUAGAUUUAUUUGAUUUAUUUACUUGAUUGGUGUUUUACGCCGUACUCAAGAAUAUUUCACUUAUAGGACGGCGACCAGCAUUACAGUGGGUGGAAACCGGGGGAAACCUACUACCAUCCGCAGGUUGCUGGAAGACCUUCCCAAGUACGACCGGAGAGGAAAUC